AUGAAGUGCUAUGCAUUUUCUAACAAUGCUUCUAUUUUUAGCAGCUUACAGGCUAAGGAGAAGGAGACAAUCAGCACAUCAAGGCCGCACAAGACUUUCCACGGAAAAAUCCAAUACGAAAAUCCCCACGAAAACUCGGCAGCGUUCCCCCUUCCCGCGGUCUUCCAAGGUGAUCCUCGGGGUUCCCAUCCUCCAGCUGGCUGCAGGACAGCGACUGCUGCUAUCCCACCUAAUAGGCCAGACCUAACUUCCAUUUUACAGUCAGCUGCACUUUGCGGCGGUCAACAUAACGGCGCCUUGUGUGGGCCGCUCUCCCCGGGGGGCAAGCCAGAGGACGCACGUGCUGGGAAAACAACUCUUCUAAAUUACAUACUGACAGAGCAACAUAAUAAAAGAAUAGCAGUUAUAUUAAAUGAGUUUGGAGAAGGAAGUGCUUUGGAGAAAUCCCUGGCAAUCAGUCAAGGAGGAGAACUCUAUGAAGAAUGGCUGGAGCUCAGAAAUGGUUGCCUGUGCUGUUCAGUCAAGGACAAUGGUGUGAAGGCUAUUGAGAAUCUGAUGCAAAAGAGAGGAAAAUUUGACUACAUAUUGUUAGAAACAACUGGUCUGGCGGAUCCAGGAGCUGUAGCCUCCAUGUUCUGGGUGGAUUCUGAGCUAGGAAGUGACAUAUAUCUGGAUGGUAUUAUAUCUGUUGUUGAUGCAAAGUAUGGAUUGCAGCAUUUGACAGAGGAAAAGCUGGAAGGCCUCAUCAAUGAAGCUUCUAGGCAAGUUGCGUUAGCUGAUCUUAUAAUCAUCAAUAAAACAGAUUUGGUUUCAGGGGAAGAACUGAAUAAAAUCAGAACAUCUGUCAGGUCAAUAAAUGGACUUGUCAAAAUUAUAGAAACACAAAGAUCAAGAGUUGAUCUCUCCAAUGUAUUGGACCUGCAUGCUUUUGACAGCUUGUCUGGAGUAAGUUUGCAGAAAAAGCUUCAGCAUAUAAAGACAACGCAUGCACAUCUAGAUAAGGGUAUAACUACAGUAACAUUUGAAGUUUUAGGAAACAUCAUAGAAGAAAAUCUAAAUCUGUUUAUUCAGAAUCUUCUGUGGGAAAAGAAUGUGAAAGAUAAGGCUGGAUGCACCAUGGAUGUCAUAAGACUGAAGGGACUGGUAUCUAUUCAAGGGAAAUCUCAUCAGGUGAUAGUUCAGGGUGUCCAUGAACUCUACGAUCUGGAAGAGACUACAGUAGGCUGGAAGGAAGAUGAGAAGAGAACAAAUAGAUUGGUUCUAAUAGGCAGGAACUUGGAUAAGGAGAUCCUCAAAGAAGUAUUUAUAGUGACUGUGACAGGGAAACAGGAAAACAGUUGACAUCAUACUACAAAGAAGGUGGAAAGUCUUAACACUGCAAGUUUUUUAAUGAUAAAAAAGACUGAAUGGCAUGCAGUACAGUAGCUUCUUUCUGCUUAGGCAUUUUACACAACAGUUAAACUCUUAAGUUUUGUUGCAAGUUCCAGCUCACCUGCUGUUUAAAGAUUAGCUCUUACGGUCUGGAAUCAAACACAGUAAAUCCUAGAAAUUUGGAUCUGGCUUAAGUUGUGUCAAUAACAUCAUUUAGCUUUUCAGAAUCGCAGAUAAGUAAAAGACUUUUGUUUAUACUGUAUGUGAAAAGAGGCCACAAAGCAUUACAAAAGAAAUAUCUGGUAGGCAUGUUUCAAACCUAGUGCUAGCAGUUAUCCUGCUAACUCUCUUUUAUUACUGGAAAUCAAAUACUGUUGAUUACUGUCAGUAAUGUAAUCAUAGUAAAAUGUAUUUAAUGCUUUCUAUUAAACUCUCUUAUAUCUCUUUCCA